CACCUUUCCCACUCCCUCAAACAGUCAAACUCUCACUGGUCGCACUCUCACUCGCCCACUCACCGCCACUGUCCACUGGUCGCUCCCUCAGAGAAUUGAGCCGAGAAAAGAAACGAAAAUGCCGACUCUCAAGAAGGUCGGCCACCGAUCAUCGGAACCGGACCCAUCAAUCGACAGGAACAUUGGCAUUCAGACGCCAAAGAUUUCGGUCUACGAACAGACGAGAGAAGAGAGAAUCAGAGCUAACUUGGUGAGGAUGCAGAAGCUAGGCCUCAAGGAACUCUCUCUCAACCUCAAUCCACUUUCCCGGACCAAACCCAAGCAGCAGCGCAAAAGCUACACUAAGUUCUCCGAGAUGCCGGACCUUUCUUGCCCACGCCGCCGCUCUUCUAGGCUGCAAAACAUAGAUCCCCCUAGCUAUGCAGAAGGGGGGAAGUCGAAGAUGGAUGCGUUAGAGGAUGAUGAACGUGUGAAUCGAAGAGCUGGUAGCAAGCCGGAGGUUUACUCGGAAGAGCAAGUGAAGAGGCUCGGGGGCACCGAGAGGACCUGGACACUUUUCGUGGAUGGAUAUGGGAAAGAUGGGAGAAGAAUUUAUGAUCCCAUUAAUGGCAAGACUUGCCACCAGUGCAGGCAGAAAACUCUCGGUCAUCGCACUCACUGUAGCAGUUGCCAAAGGGUGCAAGGGCAGUUUUGCGGAGAUUGUUUGUACAUGAGAUAUGGGGAGCAUGUACUUGAAGCCUUAGAAGAUCCAAACUGGCUAUGCCCAGUCUGCCGUGGGAUAUGCAACUGCAGCUUUUGUAGACAAGCAAAAGGGUUUGCUCCCACCGGAAUUAUGUACAGAAAGAUAUCAAGCUUGGGGUACAAGUCAGUUGCACACUACCUCAUGCAGACCCAACGUCCAGAAACCAAUGUUGCCGAUGAAAGCUCAGCUCCGUCAAGUGGAGAAUCUGCUCAAAGAUUACUUGAAUUUUCAAAUACCAAAGAAGCAGAACCAAAGGAACCUUGUGAAAUCAAGCAUCAAGAAGAUACACCUGUGCAACAACCUAAUUCUGAAGACCUCAAACCUGGCAGUGAUAGCGAGAUAAAGAGAUUGGUGUGGUUAUCAAAUACUGAAGUAGGUUGUGACUACGCAAAAUUUAUUUCAGCAACUCCUCCUAAAAGUGAAGGGAGGAGAGAAAACAAACUGAGAAGUGAAGAAGAGAAGGAGAAAAUGGCCAUUAACUUGGAGGCGGGGCAAAGGAGACGGAGCAGGAGACUCAGUGCAAGUGAUGAUCAGAAUGAGGUUGAAAUAACAAUGGUGAGGGAGGGGAAAGCUUCUGGUGGCACCAUGAUGAACCAAGCUGGUGCGCCGAGCCCCAACAGCAUUGGUGGAAGGCUUCGUCCAAGGAGUGGAUUAGAACCUUUUGGUGGCACCACUAGUAACCAAGCUGCUGCACCAAGUCCCGAUAGCAUCGGUGCAAGGCUGCGUCAAAGGCGCAGAUUAUGUGCUUAAACUAUUGAGUUCAAGGAGAAGAUGAGCCUCCUUCACGUGGAGAUGGCAGUUGCUUGAGACAGAGACACAAAGCAAGAUGAAGACUUUUUGGGUGGGGGCGAGUCCUGUGUCUUUAUUUUGUGAAGCGGAUUGUAGAUGUAAUGUAGACAUUUUUAGUUCUAGUUUAUGAACACUCUAGGUUUCCUCUUAUGUGGGAUUGGUGCGAAGACGAUGAUAACAUUCUAGGACAGGAGCAUGGUUCGUUCAAGCUUUUGACUUUUGAGCCUGCAGAAACUGAAACCUGAAAUGGUUCAACCUUCAGGCUGGUCCAACCGGUCAAGCGGCUUAGGGGCACUUGAUAAUUAAUUGCUUACCAAAUA